GAACCAUUCUUCGCUCUGAGAAACAGGAAACGCAUUAAUUUGUGUUGCUCAAAGCGGAAGUAUGCUUCUGGAGUCACAUUGAGAACUCAAAUCCCGGUCAAACAAACAUCAGGAGCAGAGACCAGUCAGCUCAUCCCUGAUGACCUUCUCUGGAUGAUCAUUAACAAUGUUUCCUUCAAGGGUUGUCCCCCGUUUAUUACGUAGAGCAACGUGUGCACUUCAAGCCCAUGGAGAAAUUCUGAAUGGAUGUGUACAACCGGUUCUUCCUGCUUACUGCUCUUUGCUACAACAAAAACUGAGAAACUACUCUACAGCUGCAGACAACAGAUCUCCUCCUCAAUGGGUACAACUGGAGCCAGAACUGGACGAGGCUCUUGUGCCGCGUAAAUUGUCAGUGAGUCCUCUGGAGAGCUGGCUCUCCCUGCGCUACUCUCUUCCUCCCCUGCUGGAGUCCGUUCAGCCGCUGGAGGACGUAGGGCUGCUGGAUGAGAAGGUGCUGCCCCCCAUCGCUGUCCCUGUUUUGGAGGAUGGGGAGGGUUCAGCGACACCUCUUAGUUGUAAGAAUGUUCUGGAGAUCCGACGGCGGAAGAUGAACCGACAUAAAUACAGGAAACUGCUUAAACGGACUAAAUUCUUGAGGAGGAGAGUGCUAGAGGGCAGGGGGAAAAAGAAGCAGAAACGAUUUGAGGAGGAUCUGAAGAGGAUUUGGACACGAGCUGGACUGAAGAAGGCUCCAGAGGGAUGGAAUGUGCCUAAGAUCUUCAUUAAACAGCAUGGAAACAAAAGAGACUGAGAAUCACUGACCGUCAAAUCGAGUCAGUGUCACAUCCCUCACACUGGAUGGCUCUGGACACUCCACAUCACACAGUGCAGUUAAAACAAUCAGCCUGCUCUCUGUGCUCUGCUGGUUAAUUGAAGCAUGUUUCAGUGAUAAGGAGAUAUUCUCUUUGUGUGUACAAUUAUUUUAACGAGGUGUACAUAAUCUAAUAAAGAUCAUUCUCUGUCAAA